AUGGCAGGACGCGAUUGGGUUGCAGAAUUCCUGAAAAGACACCAGCAAUUGGAACUACGCCAAUCAACGCCCAGAAGUCUUGCCAGAGCGAUAGGAUUUAAUAGGGCUCAAGUGGAUAGAUUUUUCAUAAGUUUAAAUCUGCUUUAUGAAAAAUAUAAAUUUUAUGCUAGUCGUGUUUACCACGUGGAUGAAACUGGGAUUAGCACAGUUCCAAAGAAAACACCUAGAGUAGUGUCAGCAAAGGGCAAAAAAGUAGUAGUUAAGGUUGUAUCUGCAGAAAGAGGCAUAACAGUAACUGCGAUAUGUUGCAUGAGCGCUAGUGGUCAAUAUGUGCCUCCCGCUUUUAUUUUUCCCAGGAACAGGAUGAAAGGUGAACUUCUUGAUGCAGGGCCAACUGGCUGUGUUGGUAUGGUAUCCGACUCAGGAUAUAUAAACACAGACUUGUUUAGGCAGUGGCUGUAUUACUUUAAGGAUCAUGCCAUAAUCACAUGA